UGCAGCGGUGCACCAGCAGAGGGCGCUGUGUCACACGCGUUACUCACUGAACAGACAACCGGAAGCUUCACUAACAACAUGACAUGAACCAGCGAGCCGGUGAGGUUGUGUAACUGCUGGUUUUCUGCAUCACAAUGCCUGUAGACGGUUCAGAGGACCAGGUGCCCUCCUCUCUCUCCAGCCCUGCCAGUGCUGCCCUCACCCCGGGAGGGGCCGAGGACGAUGGGGCUACAGGGGGCUCAGCAGUCCGCUCUCUCCCUGAAAACAGUCAGGGCUCCGAGGCCGCUGCAGCCUAUCCUGCCAACACUGGACCUGGGGAGGGCAACAGCGGUAAGAGGUCUGGAGCCUUGCUGCAGAUCGACCGACAGCGUAUUCAAGCAGCCUCUGCCAGUUCUGGAGCCGAUGAACUCCAGGGCCUUGGUGUGGCUGUAUAUGACCAGGAAGUCCUGGAGCAAGGUGUCCUUCGGCAAGUGGACGAGGCAAUCCAGGAGGCCAGUCAGGCUGCUGCUAAAGCUGAGGCUGAGAAGGAAUACCACUCCGUGCUUGAUGAUGUCAGGUCCAUCACAGUAUCUCUGAAACAAAUCAACAAGAUUAUCGAGCAGCUGUCUCCCUACGCUGCCUCCAGCAAAGAUAUCAGUAGGAAGAUUGAAUCUGUCAAACGGCAGAAAGAAAAUAAGGAGAAACAGCUGAAGAAAGUCAAAGCCAAACAGAAGCGACUUCAGGCCAUUCUGGGAGGAGAGGAUGUCGAAAGGGUGGAAGCUGAGCUUCUGGCAGAGGAUGAUGAAGAGGAAGAAGCCGGGCCGUCCACACUGGGCAGCAUGCUCAUGCCAGUUCAGGAGACCGAAUGGGAGGAGCUUAUCCGGAAAGGUCACAUGACUCCUUUUGGAACACGAAUCCCGCAGAAGGAGGAAAAAAAGGAGCCUCGAAAAGUGAUGCUUGUCGAGAACUCGGCCUUUGACCUGUACUUGGCGGACCAGGCCAAGAUGGCUACCGAGAGGAAGAAAGUCCCUCUUCUAAAGAAGAAGAGGAGCUCUGGACUCAGCCCUGAUAAGGCCAGGGGAAAAACCAACAAAAUUGUUUCCUCUUCCAAGGACAAAAAAAUGAAGAAGCGCAUGCGAAAGCUCCAGAUAACGGCUCUGAAGGCCCAUCCUAAGGCUCGGCCUAAGGCUGAGCCAAAGCUCCCUAAACCAAAGAGGAAGCGCCACACUGAGGGAGAGGAGACGGACAGCGAGGGGUCAGAGUACCUGCCCAGUGAUGAAGGCAUAGAUCCUGACCAAGAGGAAAGAGAAGCCAUGGAGGAGGGCUUUGGGGAGGAUGAUGACGUAGAGUACGAGUUGAAACCAUACAAGAAAAAGAGCGAAGGGAAAGGGAGGAAGAAAGUAAAGAAAAAAGAGGAGAGUGAGGAAGAAUACUACCCUGAUAGUUCAGAUGAAGAGGAGGUUCAGAAGGGUAAAGAGAAAAAAAACAAAGAUGAUGGAGAUGUGGAGUACUACAGACAGCGAAUAAGGAGAUGGAGGCGACAACGUCUUCGAGAAAGGGAGGAGAAAAGAGAAAGGGGUGAGGAGCUCACAGAUGACAGCGAUGAAGAAUUUGACGAAGGCUUCAAAGUGCCUGGUUUCCUCUGGAAAAAACUUUACAAGUACCAGCAGACAGGUGUGCGAUGGAUGUGGGAACUCCACUGUCAGCAGGCAGGCGGCAUCCUGGGAGACGAGAUGGGAUUGGGUAAAACCAUCCAGGUCAUCUGCUUCCUUGCCGGACUGAGCUACAGCAAACUGAGGACCAGAGGAUCCAACUACAGGUAUGCUGGUCUGGGCCCGACGGUUAUCGUGUGCCCAGCUACAGUGAUGCACCAGUGGGUAAAGGAGUUUCACACCUGGUGGCCUCCUUUCAGAGUGGCUGUUCUACAUGAAACUGGCUCGUUCACCAGCAACAAGGAAAAGCUUAUUCCAGAGAUAGCAUCAUGUCAUGGUAUCCUGAUAACCUCAUAUUCGGCUGUGAGGAAUCUGCAAGACGCCUUGCAGCGCUUCGAUUGGCACUACAUUAUACUAGAUGAGGGCCAUAAGAUCAGAAAUCCAAAUGCUGGAGUCACAACUGCCAGCAAACAGUUUCGCACUCCCCACAGGUUCAUCCUGUCAGGAUCUCCCAUGCAGAACAAUUUGAGGGAGCUGUGGUCUCUGUUUGACUUUGUCUUCCCCGGCAAACUGGGUACAUUGGCUGUCUUCAUGGAGCAGUUCUCUGUGCCGAUCACCAUGGGAGGAUAUAGCAACGCCUCACCUGUACAGGUCCAGACGGCAUUUAAGUGCGCAUGCGUGCUGAGGGACACCAUAAAUCCUUACCUGCUCAGAAGAAUGAAGGCAGACGUCAAGGCCAAUCUCUCCCUACCUGACAAAAAUGAACAGGUUCUGUUCUGCAGAUUAACAGACGACCAGCGGCAGGUUUAUCAGAGCUUCUUAGAUUCCAAAGAGGUCUACCAGAUACUUAACGGGGACAUGCAGGUAUUCUCAGGUUUGAUCGCGCUACGUAAGAUCUGUAACCACCCGGACCUUUUCUCGGGCGGGCCCCGGAUAUUGAAGGGAAUCCCAGAGGACCAGCUAACUAAGGAGGAGCACUUUGGCUUUUGGAAACGCUCAGGGAAGCUGAUAGUGGUGGAGUCACUGCUGCGACUGUGGUUCAAGCAGGGCCACAGGGUCCUGCUCUUCAGUCAGUCUAGACAGAUGUUGCACAUCUUGGAGGUAUUUUUGAUGGAGAAUAACUACACGUACCUGAAAAUGGACGGCACUACCGCAAUAGCUUCCCGACAGCCCCUCAUCGCUCGCUACAACGGGGACAAAUCCAUUUUUAUCUUCUUGUUGACCACUAAAGUCGGAGGUCUGGGAGUCAAUCUGACUGGAGCCAACAGAGUCAUCAUCUAUGACCCAGACUGGAACCCCAGUACCGACACACAGGCACGGGAGCGAGCAUGGAGGAUCGGCCAGACGCAGCAAGUGACAGUCUACAGACUGCUGACUGCAGGAACCAUCGAGGAGAAAAUCUACCACAGGCAAAUCUUCAAACAGUUUCUGACCAACCGCGUUCUGAAGGACCCUAAACAAAGACGGUUCUUCAAAACCAACGACAUGUACGAGCUUUUCACGCUGUCUGACCCUGAUGGAGCUCAGGGAACAGAGACUAGUGCCCUAUUUGCAGGUACAGGCUCUGAUGUCAAAGCACCCAAGAAACCUCAGAGGCCAAGGCCAUCACACACAGUAAACAGUAUACAUAAACACUCCUCAGCAAACCAGAAUGAAAUUGGUGCAGGCAGCAGACCAUCCUCAACAAACAUUCCUGCAUUGGUAGAUGGAAACUCUUCUCAAUGCAGUAAAAACUCUCCGGAUAAACAGACAGACAGUCAAAGCACCAACCAAAAUGGCCUGGAUGUAGAGCCAAAUAUUUCAGCAAAUACACAGCAUGCAGGACAAAAUAACAGAGACUGGGACGCAGCCAAGCCAGCAGUUACAAACUCAUCCAGCUCUCACCACGAAGACUCUGCGCUGACUAGCCCACAGAAACACAGGGAAAAGAGGAAGCACUGCGACUCAGCAGACUCGGACAAACGCAAACAUAAGAAGCGCAAACACUCCAAGGAUUCUCGGUGUGAAGGCCACCGCAUUUCUCACUUGGUGAAGAAAAGAGCCUUUGAGAAAGCGGAGAGUGAAGACAAAGAGACGGAGAAGAAAUUAGACGAUUACGUCUUGGCGAAGCUCUUCAGGAAAUCUGGUAUCCACAGUGUGAUGCAGCACGACACCAUCAUGGAGUCCUCCAACCCUGACUAUGUUCUUGUGGAGGCAGAAGCCAACCGGGUGGCCAAAGAUGCCCUGAAAGCGCUGAAGGUUUCUCGCCAGAAGUGCAGGCUGUCCUUCAGUAGACCCCCUCCUCCACCUGCGAGGAAACGGUUUGGACAAAAGAAUAAUUCUCUCCUGGUUGCACCUUCUGUUCAAUCGAGCCCCAUUCCGAGCAAAUGCAAGGAUGCUGCUAUUGUAAAGAAGUCUGUGUCAAAGAAGCCUGGUUCAGGAGCUCAUUUCAGUGGGGAGGGCGUUGAAAGUGACGUAAACUCCACCCCGCUCUCCUCCUCCUCCCUGCUGGCCAAGAUGAAAGCCCGAAAUCACCUCAGCAUACCCUCCAGCCAAAGAGAAGAAGAAGAGGAGGAGGAGGAGGACGGCGGCUCUGGUGCAACAACGAGCUCCCCCCCUGCGCCGCCCACCGAGCAUGACGAGCUCUUGGUGGAUGUGCGCAACUUCGUAGCCUUCCAGGCAAAUGUGGACGGAGAGGCCACCACCCAGGAAGUGCUGGAGUAUUUCAAACCGAGACUGACCGAGAAACAGGCGCCUGUGUUCAGAGAGCUGCUCAGAAGCAUCUGCGACUUCCACAGGACUGCUGGUCAGGAGGGCAUGUGGAGACUGAAGGAGGGCUUCCGCUGAGUGAAGCACAGAGGAAGGCAGAGGAAAGACUGAACUGUGAUGCAUAUUAGAUUAUUUGAGUCUGGGAAGCUCGAGCCCAGAAUAUCUUUUUGUUCAUUUGUUUAUCAUCAUAUUCUGUCAAAUUGAGAUGUUUUAACAAAAAUACACGGAUCACACUACAUUAAAUUAGGUUUGUUAUGAAAGGACCAUAUUGUAGGAAAGACAUGUUACUUUAUCAUUAUCACUUGAAGGGAAAAUCCGUUGCAAUGUGAGUCGGUUUGAGAUUUGUGCUUGUUCAUAGUUAUUGCGAUUGCUUCUAUUGCUGUUCAUUGUACCUGGUUAUACUUGAAUUCAUUUGUUUUAUAUCUGCCUGUAAGUUAAAACUGUCUUACCUCGAGUAAUGAUUUACUCAGAGAUAUGUGUUGUUCACUUCCGUAUUAUUUGUCGAGCCUCACAUGUGUCUGAUUUUGUAAUAUGCUUCUAUAAGAUAUAAUAGGGGAGUAGUGUGUCAUUUUGUAAAUAGGACCAAGUCACCAUAGGUUUUGGUCGAUUUUGUAAUGACCAACUUUUCUUACUGACUUCAGUAAUAUUCAAAUGAGCUACCUCUAAUUAUUUGUGGAAAAAUUGGCAAAAAGCAGAGUAACUUAGCGGCCAUGUUUGAUAAAAAAAAAUAAAAGGCUAUGGUGCACUGUUUUGCAUUUAUUGUAUGUAAUAAACCUCUCUAACUGCU